UUUUUCUGGUAUAGGGCUGAACUAAAAAAUGAUGGUUUUCAAACGUUAUUUCAAAAUAUCAGAAGGUCUUUAAUAAGGUGCCACAAAAAAAGUUAAAGUGUUUCAAAACCCUGUACAAAGAUGCCAAAAAAGAAAACUGGCCAGCGAAAAAAAGCUGAAAAACAGCGUCAGCGUCAAAAAGACAUAAAAAGUGCAUCAGGUCAGAAAUCAUUAGCAGCCCAUUCAUGUAAUGUUCAUAUGGACUGUGAUAAAUGUGGGAGACGACAGAAGACAAGAGCAUUUUGCUAUUUUUGUUCAGCUCUUCAGCGACUUCCGAUAUGUGCUCAAUGUGGUAAAACAAAAUGUUUGUUGAAGACAGGAGAUUGUGUAGUAAAGCAUCCUGGUGUGUACAGCACUGGGUUGGGAAUGGUAGGUGCUAUUUGUGAUUUCUGUGAAGCUUGGGUUUGUCAUAGUCGAAAGUGCCUUACCACUCAUGCUUGUGCCUGCCCUCUUCAGGAGGCAACCUGCAUUGAAUGUGAUCGAAAUGUCUGGGAUCAUGGUGGACGAGUUUUUCAGUGUUCUUUCUGUAAUGGUUUUCUCUGUGAAGAUGACCAGUUUGAACAUCAGGCAAGUUGCCAAGUUCUUGAAAGUGAAACCCUAAAAUGUCAAUCUUGCAACAGACUAGGUCAAUAUUCCUGUUUAAAAUGCAAGGUCUGUUAUUGCUUGGAUCAUGUAAGAAGAAAAGGCUUCAAAUACGAAAAAAAUCAGCCAAUACCUUGUCCAAAAUGUGGUUAUGAAACACAAGAAACAAAAGAACUAAGCAUGUCAGCACGAAAACAUGAAUAUGGUCGACAAGGUGGUGGAGAAAGAUUGAUGUAUGAUGAUGGAGAAGAACUUGACGGAGCUUACAGUUUUUCUGGUAAAUUGUAG